UUUUUGGGCAGCAAGUUAUGCAACUGAGGGUGGAAACUACAUCAAGAUCACAACCAUUUAAACAAUGCAGCUUUAUCUCCUCUGGGUCCAGCCAUGGCUUUGUCUCACCCUCACAACAACCUGGGAAUUGGCUUCAACAAGUACGCCUCACUCAAGGCUGUGGACACAACUCCAAGAGACUACUACAAGAGCUACCCAAUGGUAGACUACACCCACCGCCAGUCUCCUCCCACCUUCCAGCCUAUCAACUUCCACCCCAAAGACAAGCCCUUCCUCCCACCACCAGAUGUCCAUGCACCUUUAGCGAUUACCAUCAACGCCUCCCAGAUCCCCAAACCUAAGAUCUCCAAGACCAACACUCACCCACUCACCUCCAGCUCAGCCUUCAAAGCUUGGGACCCAAGUAAGAGCCACAUUCAGCACCCGGCAGCCUCCCACAUGGGCCUUGGCGGGCAGCAGCAUCACCCUAUCCAACAGCAGCAGCACCAGACACUGCACCAACAGAACAGCCGGCGCCAGGCCUACUCCAACAAGAGGCAGUUCAGCAUUGAAACGCUACCCGAGCUCUUCUCGCAGCCGCUGGGCUACGGUCAUUCGCCGCAUAUGCACCCCAAGCACAAGGGACUGGCCACUAACAGCAAAACAGAGGUCACUGUGUGAACAUGGGGCAGGAUUGAUGAACAGACAGAAGACAAAAAUGGAGCAGUUGAGGGGAAACGUUCUAAUAUCUUUUAUAUCCUCAGUUAUAAUGGUGUGCUGGAGCAAGCAAAUAUCGUAUCUGGAAUUUUUUUAACUCUGCAUUUUCCUUGUCAUUGUUACCAAGAAUAACAAUAAUGUGAGUGAUAUUUGUGUACUUUUACGACCACUGGAGCAAAACAGAUAAGUUGCAGAUAAGCUGUGAAGGUGGUGGAUUAGUGGAUUAUUUGCUGUGACUCUUUGAACCCAGCAGCACCUCUAAAUAAUUGAGUGGCAGUUGGCACAGCUCUCUCCUCUCAAGCCCCUUGUACCUCGGUGACAUUUGCUCAGGUGCGGAGUGCCCUUCCAUUAUGUACAAAUGUCCAAAUUCUACUCAUACAUGCUAUUUACCCCUCAAACUAGCCCAGACUCUGACACUGUCAGGAGAGGAGGGCAGACGAGUGUGUCCUCCAAGAUUCUAGCUUCUCAUCAGUAGACACAAUGCCAUUGUGUUGUCAGCACUCAUUGCCCUCCAGCCCUCCAAAGAAUGAGAUAUCAGCCUCGCAAUUCAUACUAGAGUGGAGGGCAGGGUAGUGUGGGAGGGUGCAAGUGAGAUGAGAAAGAUGAGAAAAUCUGAGGCAUGCACACACAUGCACAUACUACACACUUGUCAAAAAUUAUAGAAGGUUCCCAGCAGUGUCAAGAGACCACAGAAAACCCCACCUCCAUCCGAAAAACUGGGCAAAUGAACAAGCCAGCCCUUUAGUUAUUCGUGGCAGCAUGUUGAACAGCAAAUUUCAGUCACAGUCUCUUGUGACGUGGUGGAUAUUUUUACCUCUACAUGAAGCCGAGGAUGUGUUACAAUACCUAGAAAAGGGGCAAAGGGAUCAUCCAGAAAUGUCAUUGCAAAGUCAGUGAAUUCUUUCCAUUUCACAAAUGCAUCACAGAAAAGUCAGCUAAUCCUGCACAUUAGUACAGACAUGGAUUUUCUCUGACCCCAGAAAUCCGCUUUGUUAUUUUUGGUGCCGUACAUUUGCAAAGAUGCAUUUUCAUAAUUAGACACUAAUGAUUAGCAUAAUUCUGGAUGUAGGAAGAGAGUGAUGUGAUGCAUUCAGGAAUCUUUUUCCUGCUGUUUGAUGCAUGGAGAUAUUUCUGCAAAACUAACAUAUUCUGAAAGGCUGAAACCAAUUGUACAUGGUACACUGCAGUGUACUUCACUCCCUCCUAAUGAAGUGCUCAAACACUAAGUUAAUAACUGCUUCCACGUGCAUACACAGCAGCGUAAAUCGGUGGAUUUCUGGGAGAUAACGCUUCAAACUGUUGAAUACUGACAUAAAAAAUUAGCCAGGUCUCGAUUUAUACCAAGGACUAAAAGUGGAAAAUAAUACCCAUUGAUAAUCAUACGUGGUAACGUAAACAACCCGUCGAUGCUCAUUCUACAUUUUAAUAAAUAAAUUAUAUCUUUUCAUCUUAGAAAAAAUCCCUUUUUGUUUCAAUUUGGUUUGCUGUCUCUCCAUGUUUGGUGAACACAGGAGUUCUGCACCAGCUAAUCGUUAAUUUGUCUUAUUUAUAGGUGGUGUCUUCUUAGCUAGCUUGCUAGCCACGAAAAAUAGCAUUUAAAAUAAAAUAAUACAUUAAACAAAACAAAUGUUAUUUAUCAGCUUUAUCAUGAGUGCAGUUAGCCAUUAACUCUUAUUUUCACUUUUAGUUAAUCUUAGAAAAACCUUUAUGAAGAUUUCACCAAAUUCUUGCCACAAUGUCAGCUAGCAUAAAUGUGGCAUGACCCUUACAGGCACAAUAGCUAAACACAAGGAAAUAAUGGAAAUUUGCCCAUGUUAAAAGUUCCAACCAUAAAAGGCACCUUUUGUACCUUUACCUAAUUGCUAUUCCAGAGGAGUAACUAGAAAUGCUGUUUUUUAAAGUAGAAUUCCUUGAGUAGUUUGCCAAAUAGCAAUUUUUUGAAAGCUUAAGUAUUAAAAAAAAAUGCAUUAAUGCUUUGAGCCUUCAGAAUCCCUUACCGCCGCACCACUUAUUUCCAAUUCCUCCUCCUCAAUAUAGACCAAUCCAGCAGCCAGUCUGACUCACUGAUUGAAUUCACUUUCAUUUGUUAUCAUUGGGACACCAGCUAUUCCGCAGUGCAUAUGCCUGGCUCAUGCUACAGCGCAUCCGGCAGGUGGUGGAACCUCAUCAAACAGCACCGCUUAACAGAGUCGCACAUUAUUUGGCAUUUAUUCUCUCUUUCCCUCCCUUUCUGUCUCUCCAUCCAUCUCUCUUCUUUCACUCUGUAUCUCACUUGCUUUCUCUUACUUGUAGUGUCCUAGCAGACUUUCUUCUACUGCCCGACCUCCCUUUGUGCAUCCAUAUCCAGGAAGGGUUGAGCUGUGGGUACGAAGCACUCUCCCUGAUGUUUGGUACCCACUGCUGCAAGCUGUUGUAAACCGUGAUAGCCUCACUGGGUCUUCAUAGUGUGUUUGAGCAUGUACAAGGAGAAAACUAUAAUUAAUGACAUAGCCAGUCAAAGCAUGGCAGGCUCCAGAUUCAUCCUCACUACACCACACCGCACAAGCACUCACACAAAAACGAUUACAUUCAUACGCACAUGCACAAGCUAGCAUCCACAAACACAAGCUGUGGCAUCAAUGACCAAAUGCUUUGCAAUAUAUUAUUCAUAUCUGGAGAUUUGCUGAUGCCAAGCUUAAAGAAGUAAAGUGGAUUUUAUGUAAGACAGAUUUAAAUUUUUGAGAAGAUUUUGUUUGUUUGUUUUACUUGCCAGCAGAAAUGUCAGUCAGCCAAAUUCCCCAAUUUGCAUCUCAAUUUUAUUGGAGCUGUGAAUGUGCACAAGCAAAUAAAAUGAGCAGCAGGGUAAAACUUUAACGAGCGAGAAUCAAGUAGCAGCAUAACGCUCGCUUGUAAUGCUGCAAUGGCUUCUCCACUUUACCUCUCCAAGAUGUGAAAAACCUGUUAGGCAAGCUGUUGGAGUGGUGCUAGGGGCUGCUGGCAUGCUUUUGUAAUAGGGGAUCAGCAGAGAAUGGGGAUCAUGAAUACAAAAGCAUCAAUGGGAUAUGCAUGCUGUGAAUAUGCAUCAAACACAUCUGUGCUUAUGCUUUCGCCAGCGCUGCACAGUAUUCAGUAUUGCAGCUUCUCUUGCGUGGCUUCACCAUCUCUUUGACUUUUAUUUUCUCGAGGUGCCACAUUUUUUAGUGGGUCACUUCAUAUGAAAAGCUUUCUGGCCUCUAAAAUCCCUACCAAACCGUUCUGUGGGCUCUCUCCCUAAUCAGUCAGAAUGCAUAAGGGGUUGAGAACAAAUAAGGAAUGACAGCAAGUAAACAAGCAAUAUGCAUCAGUGAAGCAAUAAGCGCUAAACCUCCCUCGCCCUAUCCUUAUCUCUCUCUUUCUGUUUGCCUAUUUAGAGCCCUCCUCAGAGUUUAAGGAUGGGUGCUAAUAAGGGCACGAGUAUUAAAAACGACGCAGAGCUGAGCGAAAGAAUGAGCUGUGCAGAGGGCUUGAGACAAAAAAUGAAGGAGAUGAGAUGAGAAAAGAGAAACGUGGCUGUACGGACACAGCCGAUAUCGCGAUGGUUGUUUUUCAUUCUGACUUGUCUGGGUGGUCUAAAAACAUUCAUUCUGGGUCUUAUCUCUGUGCAUUCAAGCAACCAGCUAUCAAAAACGCUUUGUGACUGUAGCUGGGAGUCAAAGAUGGUGUUUACUCUGAUUUGCACAACAACAAAAUCAGGAACUGGACCUUGUACUCACUGGCUGACCUCAGAGGGCGUGAAGCUUGUGCUACCCAACAACACGGAGGUUGAACAGAAUGCCAACACAGGCUCCAGGAUUUGCAAUUAAGGAGCAGAGUUAGUCCUUCAGGACAAGCAAAGCCUGAGGACAGGCUACCAGCAAAGUGAAAGAGACUGGCAACUUGAAAGCUUUGCUCGGAUUUUGUUAGCUGUCAUGUCUCGCAGAGAUUGGCUGACAGCGAGCGCUGUGAACGGCUGCUUCUUGAAUUGUUCAUUUUGUGAGAUCCGCAUCACAGCCGCAAUCUUGCUGAUGUGCUGGAAAACAAUGACACCUUUCAGUGUUAAUUUCCCGAUGGACAGCAAGCAGUGAAGGAUGGGUUUUUUCAUCAACGCUGGAUGGACCUUAAUGACUCCCUUCAAGCAAAUGACUUAACUAGACGGAAAAAUCCUCUAAUGAGCCACAAUUUUGCCUCUGUUGUGGACAACAGAAACAUACAUGUACCAACAUCCACACACACCUGAAACAAGACACAAGAGCCACAGAGGUAUAACGCUACUUAUAUCCUAAACACAAAGUCUCCAACUUUGUGUUAUGAAGCAGGACCAAAAGCCUUGAAUCAGGAGAAACUGAGUACACCUAACUGAUGCUUAAACAUCCAAAACGGUGAGAAUCCUGCGACUGCUUUGGAUCAUCAGCUUAGAGUGAAUUUACUCAAUCUCUCCUGAUUACGACAGACUGUGGCAUUGCUCGCUCGAGUCAGAGCUAACUGACUGUUGUUUGUAAAACUUCCUCUCUAUAAAAGAAUCAUCAAGUAUUCUACGGCAGGUUAUCUGAAUGCAACCUGGUAGACAUACUUGGGCUCCACGAUCCCGAGCAAUAUAUAGAUUAUGUUGUAUGGUUCAAUUGUUUCUUUGUUUUCUGUCCGUUUUUGUACGGUGUUUUUCAAUAAUUGACCAACAGAAAAAUUUUGAAGUGCUUCCAGAUUUCAUGGCCGCACCCCUUGCCCCCGCCCCUCGCAAUCACCUAGCACAUGCCAUACAAUGUAACGUCAAGCAGCUGAAUUACAUUAUAUGCCAUGUGUUUGAAGCUUGUACGGUACACAUGCACUCAUAUAUUUAAUGUUAAAUGAUAUUGCAUUGUAUCCAAGUGCUUUGCCAACACAUUCGCUGAAAGUGAAAGGAAGACUCGGCAGUUUCUUGUACAGCUUUUGCAUCUGCAAAAAAAAAAAGAAAAAGAAAAAAAAAGAAAAAGACAAAAAAAAAGUAAUGCGUUGUCUCAUAAUAAUUUGUAAUAGGCAGCAAUAGGCUGCCUUGGAUUGCUAUGUAAUACUUGUGUUUAUAUGUAUCCUAUACCAUUUGUCUGCUGUGAAAUUCGUUGACUACUCAGCUUACAUAAGGGCUUUUUAUAGAUAUAUAAAAGCAGACUGGGCAAUCUGACGUCACUCUCUGUAACUCAAGACAAAUUUCUCCAGAUUUUUUGUUUUUAUGUUUGUUUUUUUAGGGAUGAAGGGAUAUGAACAGAAUUUUCACGCAUACAAAAUGCUAUAUAAUAAAGUUUUGACUGCCGAACUACAAUGUCUAUAGGCACUCAUACUGCAUUGGCCCAUGUGUCUUGUUUGACUAAAUCUUUCA